AGAAACAUGCAGAGUUAUUCACUUUUGAAAUUUAGGAAUCAACUGACGUCACGAUCGCGUUUACUGCGUUGAAAUCAGCUGAUCGUACGAGUCGUGUGUUUUGUAGAUGUGAAGUAUGAAUGCAAUCAUGAAAUCGUUUCAAGAAGUGUUACAAAACGCGAAAAACGUGUUAAUAUUAACUGGUAGUGGAGUUUCGGCAGAAUCCGGCAUUCCAACAUUUAGAGGUGCUGGUGGUUUUUGGCGGAAGUACCAAGCGCAAAAUCUCGCAACUCCAGAAGCAUUUGCAACAAACCCAUCAUUAGUUUGGGAGUUCUACGAAUAUCGCAGAAGAGUAGCUAAUGAGGCAAAACCUAAUAAAGCUCAUGAAGCAAUAGCAAAUUUUCAAAAUCGUGGUGCAAAAGAAGGUAGAAAUGUUACUAUUGUAACACAGAACAUUGAUGAACUCCAUCAAAGGGCUGGUGCUAAAGACAUAGUGGAACUUCAUGGUUCACUUUACAAAACACGUUGCACGGUCUGCCACGAUGUUGCUAUAAAUACCAAUAUCCCUAUAUGCCCUGCAUUGGAAGGAAAAGGAUCUCCGGAUUCCAACAUUAUGAUUUCUGAUAUUCCAAAAGAUGACUUACCUCGAUGCCAAAAGGAAAAUUGUAAAGGUCUAUUGAGACCUCAUAUUGUAUGGUUCGGUGAGAGUUUAGAUGAACAUGUACUUGAGCAGGCUUAUGAUGCAGUGGAAAAUUGUGACGCUUGCUUAAUUAUUGGUACAUCUUCAAUUGUAUAUCCUGCAGCGAUGUUUGCACCGCAAGCAGCAAAACGCGGUGUACCAGUUGCUGAAUUUAAUUUGGAGAUAACUCCCGCCACGAGAAACUUUGCGUAUCAUUUCGAGGGCCCUUGCACAGUUACAGUGGCGGAAGCUCUAGAAUCUUGAAUUUGUUAUUAUCAUGCAAUAUUUUCAUACCUUGAACAUGGCAUACUUCGGUAUUAAGCCCAAUUUCAUUCAAAUACUUCAACCAUAGUAGUUGCUUUGUCGAAAGGAUGUCUUUAGGACCUUUUACCUCUACAAUUUUAUGCUAUAACAAAUAAAUCAUAUCUAUUAGGUUAUGUCAAGGUUAUUUUAUAAUGUAAAUAUUCACCUGUCUCGUAUCAUAAUUCCAUACAAUUAAAUCAGGAAAUCCAGCCGACCAAA